GCCUGUGCGUUUCAAAUCUCAAACAUCACAGUGAACUAGAUCGUUAAAAAAACGGCGGGGCACGAAAAAAUUGUUUACUAAACCAGGACGACUGGCCACACCAUGGGAAACGAAUCUUUUGAGUUACAAUCGCUCCUUUCAAAUGUGACAUUUUUGUCACUAUCAUUUGCUGCCACGUUAGCACUAAUCGGGAUUGUAGCGGGAUUUUUUCUCGGUAAAUCUCGAGGUCAACAAUGGACUCUUACUUGGCUUGUUUACAAUGCCCUAACACAUUUUGUAUUGGAGGGAGCCUUUGUCUGCUUCUCAUUGAGAGGAACUGUCAACAGCACUGACCAUUUCUUAGCAACGAUUUGGAAGGAGUACGCCAUUGCAGACAAGCGUUGGGGUGUGUCCGAUCCUACUAUCGUGUCACUUGAGAUUCUCACUGUGGCACUCGCUGGACCCCUUGCCCUGCUGUUGUGCUACGCUAUUGUGAAGGACAGACCAUAUCGACACUUUGUACAGAUCAUUCUGUGCGUUUGUGAAUUGUAUGGAGGUUGGAUGACAUUUUGUCCAGAAUGGCUAAAGGACAGCCCCAAUCUUCGCACAGACAGCUUCCUGUAUCUGUGGGUCUACCUUGUUUUCUUCAACAUGCUUUGGGUGGUCAUCCCAAUUGCUAUGCUCGUCCAGUCUUAUCUUGAUCUCUACUAUGCAGAGGUACAGAAAACGGUCAUCACGGAAACCACGACAACCAAGCUCGUCACGCAUAAUUAUAAUACAAGGUCCAAGAAAAAAGAUUGAAGAUGGUUGAAAUGAAUCUUUUAGGAGUUCACAAAAUUAUUUUUGUCAACUGUGUAUGGAUUUUGUUUGAUUUUAGAAUUUUGUAAAGAAAGAAUUCCAUUGAGUGUUAAACAAAUUCAGCUGUAAUAUUUAACAGGCAUUAGGCUAGCAUCUUAUAAAAUUAUUGAACGAGUUUGAAAGAUUCUAUAUUGAAUUGGAAUGAAUAAAAGAUUCUGUUUAAAUAUCACAUAGGAAAACAGUAAUUUAAAUUUCGGACUCAGAAAGUACUUUUUUCAUUACCUUGACAAUCAUGUGACAUAAUUUAUUCACAAUGUCACUAAAGUGUUAUUACCCAGGGUAUAUGUAUGUAGACAUUAAUAACAUGGCCAUAUUAAAUAUGUAGAACAGGCUAAUUGCGUGAUAAAUAAAAACAUUUUGUUUUAUUCAACAAUUAAGAUAUGGCGAUUUUGAAAUCCAUUAGCAAUUGUCAAAUAUAAUUUAUUAUUAAAUAUUAUUGACAUGAAUAUAAAGAUUGAAAUAUAAGUUAGCAUCAAAGUGUCUAACUAUACCAUGUAAAGCUGCUUGAGGAAAAUGAUUCGGUAGAACCAGACAACUUAGAGUUUCUUUAAUUCUGUUU